AUGCGCGCCAUUGUUGCGAUUGUAGAGGUGGCUGUGCUACUAUGGGCCACCACAGCCCAGCACGUUGGCAACUUGAACCGCAGCGUCACAGAGGAAUGCCAAGCACUUAAGGUUCAACUCGACAAGCUCUGGAUCGACCAAACGCAAAUGACUCAAGGCAUCGUGGGUGGCGCGGUGACCGAGACAGACUGCAAGCAACUGCAUGACAUCAACGUCAUGGACUAUCGCACGGACGCAGAACAGGCGGCGCUGUGUUCGAACGCAUGCUACAACAACACGGCGUACACGUAUGCCAGCAUGCUCAACCUCGACUGCUUUGACGGGCAAGACGAGUACGAAGUCGCCAACCAGCGGCUGUUUGCCGCCAGUUUUCAAUUUGGAUGCCAGCAAGAUGCGUCUGAAAAAUACUGCGUCCCGUUGCUAGGUCUGACCAUACAAAACGCUGGCUCCAAUUACGACCUGUGCAGUGAUAUUGUCAACAAGAUCGGGUGCUGCUUUGAAAGCUACAAGCGGUACAUGUCGUUUGGCACGUCUCGAUCUGUGGACGAAAUGAACGCAAUGGCGUCCACGUGCGCAGCAAAAGUGUCGAAUAUUGGGGUGCCGUGCACCUGCCACCCAGGAAACGGGUUUGCGAGCUCUGUCAAAGGCAUUGUCGUAUGCAGUCAUGCGUCCAAGCUUGGGCUGGAGGUUACCCUGAUGCUCGUGGUUGUGAUGUUCAUGACAUUCAUGAGAGUCUAA